AUGAUGCGCCCGCGUUAUCCUGUGGAAGAAAACUGCUCCGGAUCGUGUGUCGAUUGUGUUGAGGAUACUGGCACCAGGACAUGUUCCUGUAACUUUGCGCGAGUCAAGUGUCAAGUCCGAACCAAGGCUGAGCAGCAGGAGAACAAAAUUGAGCUAGUUGCUUAUAAUGAGGACCCGAGGUUCCUGUUUGGUUUGGUGUCUCCCUUCAGCAAGAAGAAAGACCUCUAUCAGGUAAUGGGUUGUGACUACGAAUGCCGUAAGGUAAGCCCGGAUGUUGCCGCAGCCUUCGCUGAAGACACGGAGGUACGUAUUGUGGAGACGGAGCCUGCAGGCGAUGGUAGUCCGCUGAAAUUGAGGCUGAGCAGACGCGAAUUGAGCACACUUCAGCUGCCUUUGGCAACAUGUAACAAGCAUCCUGAAGAUAACUGGAGCAAACUGGAGGUGAUUGGCCGAUAUCCAUGUAAUGGUGACAGUGGUAUAAUAAUGUGUAGAAAAGACACAUCAAGCGGGUGUAAGUUCUACAAAUGGUGGUCUUGUGAGAAAUUCCGACCUGUGUCAUGUCAUCGUUUUGGUCCGGUGUUGAUGGAUGUCUUCGCGGUGCAGGAUGCGAUUAAACAUCACGUGGGCGGGUUUGACUCUUGUGUUGUGCGAUGUGAUGGUAAGGAUGCAAUAAAACAUCAAUGGUUGGAGGAAGCUGAGAAAGUAUUGCUGAAGGACCGUGACUAUGUGGCCCCGCCGGCUAAUACAGCACUACAUCCAAAAGAGUUUGUGCCGCUAUGGCACAGGGCCGAUACACAUUGCUCAUCGGCCUGUGGCUCCGAUCUAGAGGCUUGCCCUAAUGCACGCAACUGCCUCUGUCGCAUUGCACAUGCCAAGUGCAACGUUCAAGUCAAAGGUCUAUCAAAACCGCUAGACAUCGAAUCGUGGGGUUUCAACGCACGGAUGCAAGAUGUCUUUGGAAUGCUAUCCAUCCCAGGCGCGAAUGCCAAAGACGCUGCCACCGAACACAUCCAAACCAAGAACUGCCGCACAGAUUGCCAUAAAGCUCUCUGGUCGUCACUUUGA